AUGCCACCGCCGUCCGCGAACAUGUCGAAAGUCACCAUCGCCAUCGUCGCUGGAGCUUCUGCAGCCGUGGGUGCCGCGACAACGGCAGCACUGUUUGGCAUAGGCAGAUCGAAAGAGCAGACAUCGACCAUCACAGCAAGUGCAGCGUCGCCAACGAGAACGGGUCCUGCGCCGCCUGUCCCGAUAACACGAGACGAUCCCAAGCCCCCUUUCAUCCCGCCAGUCGAUCCAGCGGGCGUCUUCCAAUAUGGCUUCCCAGGUCCAGUCUCGGACAUUCGCCAAGCACCGUCGCUCACUUCAUCGUACAACAGAAUAACGAGAAAUCCACACUGGGUAGCAGAGCAUAUCACGCCUGCCUCGUUACUCAUGCAAGGAGGCGACAGGCGGCACUCCGCGUUCGCAGAAGAUGAGAGCAUACCAGAAAUGUUUCGCGCAAAGCUGAAGGACUACUUCCGGUCAGGGUACGAUAGAGGACACCAAGUCCCGGCAGCCGAUGCAAAGUGGUCCCAGAAGGCCAUGGACAGCACGUUCGCGUUGUCAAACAUGUGCCCGCAGGUAGGAGAAGGUUUCAACCGCGACUACUGGGCACAUUUCGAGGACUUUUGCCGUCGACUGACAUCCUUCUAUCCCUCGGUGAGAAUCGUCACUGGGCCUCUGUACCUGCCGAAGCGAGACCCUAUCGAUCAAAAGUGGAAGGUCACUUAUGAAGUGGUGGGACACCCACCGAAUGUCGCAGUGCCUACGCACUUCUACAAGAUCAUAUACGCCGAGGAUGGCAAAGUUGGCGGCAAAGUCAGCCUGGGAGCCUUUGUGCUGCCGAACGACAAGAUACCAAAUGACAAGCCACUGAAGGACUUCGAAGUACCGGUCGAGGCCCUCGAAAGAGCAAGUGGGCUGGAGUUCACCAAAUUGCUCGAACCUGCCAGGAAGAAGAAGCUGUGCCAGGAGAUCAACUGCAGUCUGAUCAUCAAGGAAUAUGCAGAGCGACAGAGGACAUUCAUGACGAACCCACCAGCCAAAGGACAGCUGCCACCGAGUCCUAGUCCGGCACAGAGAUGA